AUGCAUCGACAGAUCCAGUGGCAAUCAAUUGACCAUCUGCAGAGAAUGCCCCAGCUCUGCAAUUUCCUUUAUGUGAAGUCACAUAGGCAGUCUCAUACUGCGCUGGUUCUGAACGGUCUGGUUCGUGUGCCAGUCCAAUCAACAUUAAAUGAAGCAAACGGUCAGACGGAGGACAUGGAGGUUCUGCUUGAAUUACAUUUGACAGCUGUACAGCCAAUAAAUUGCAUACAGAAUCUGUCAGAAUGGCCGAUGUGCACGAAUGUUCCAAGCUGAAAGUGAAUUUUCCAGGAGAGAGAAAUGCUCCAACCGUGAAACGUAAAAAAUUAUUGUUUUCCAAUUAUAUUAUUAAAAAGAGGCAACCUUUCGAUACAAUAAAGAAACGGAAAAAUAAAGACAUAUACGUUACUAACAAAACAAACUUUAAGGCACAAUUGAGAAUAUGUGAAAAGGACUUGAGCAAUGGUGCUUCAGAAGUGGUUAUUCAUGGCCUUGGUGCUGCUGUAGAAAGAGCAUGCAGGUUGGCCUUACAAUUAAAGGAGAAUCAUUACAAUACCAUAGAAUUAGAUAUCAAGACUUCUACAGUACCUAUUAUUGAUAUAUUUAAUCCCUUUAAAAUGAUAUUUUCAUUAAAUGAAUUAGUACACUGGCUGGGAUUGACAAUUUUUGAAAUAUGGAUAAAUUUAGUUUCACUAACAAUUUUCACAGUGUUGUUAGCUCUUAAGUUAGAUGACAAUUAUUUCUUGGGCCAUGCAGGAUGGUGGAUAGUAUUCUCACCACUUUUUGUCGCAGACGGCCUGAAUACUUAUUUCUGCGCAAUUAUUUUCAUAAGAAUGCAUAUGGAAGGAAUGAUCAAAACUGCUAUCCUAAGAGCAUUAUGGAGUCUAAUAUUACUACUUCUAAUAUUUGUUUUUAAAUAUCUCCUUUGUAAGAAGUUGUCAGGACAAAGCCCUCUAGAAUAUUCGGAAGUUUUAAGCCCCAUAUUUAUUCUUUUGCAAUUAAUUGCAGUUAGAGCGUGUCAACUUCAUUGACUGCUACAGCUUAUUAUUAUUUACAUACACAAAACGUAAUGUUCAUCAUUAUCAUGUAUACAGACAAUGCAUUUAUAUGUAUAGAUAAUUACAGAAAAAUUCAUCAUUAAACUAUUUGUUGGUUUAUUAUAUAUAACAAUUUAUUAUUAAGGCAAGUCAAUUUCUACCAUAUCUGAAAGAUAAAUUUAACUGCAAAAGGUAAAAUGCAGAAUGUAAAAAAUAAUUGGUAUUUAAUAUUGUACUUCUAUUUACUUCAUAAUUUUGUAAUUUUAUUAUUAUUAUUAAAAGUUCAAGUUGAAGUUGUUUCAUAAUAAUUAUUAAUGCUUCUGGUACAUUUAUUUUAAAUUUCAAUAAAUAGACUAUGUCAAAUUUCAUAAUAUUUUAGUAUAUGUAUAUCUGUACGAAAUAAUAAAUUUGCAAUGUAUUUGUUUGCCGUUAUGAGUUAUAAAUCAAUAUAUCUUAUUGUAAUGAGAAAGAUUCAUUCAAUCAAUAAUAGCACAUGAAAGAAAGUUAAUUGAUUUGAACCUAAAUAUAGAAUUAGUUUACAUCACUAUUCAUCAUUUAUUGUGAAUAAGUUGAAUUCAAAUAAAUUUUUAUUAAUGAUAUAUUCUACUAUCUCACGUGUGUUGUAAAAUAUAAUAAUCAUUACAAUUACAAACAGUCGUAAAAAUAUCCUAGAAUUUCCAGGCUAGAAGUAAAAAAUAAAUUUUCAUUUCAUACAAUUUUCGAUCAACUUAUAAAUUAAAAAAUUUUCAGUACCGGAAAGGAUCGGUUUUGCAUUUUAUAAUAAUUUAUAAUUGAAGAUGCAAAGCUUAUAAAUAG